AUGUCUGAUUUUCCACCGUUGGGUGCUCAUUUGCAAUGGAAAUUAGCCAUUGAAAGAUCUUCAUUAGCAUAUGCCAAGAUAUGUACAACCAAGAAUGUACUUUUUGCUGUGGAUAUACCUUACCCGCUACUGAGAGCUUGGUAUAGUUUAGUUGUUCUCAAGAAGCCUGUCCAACCUUCCAGCGAAGCAACAACAAGUGUAAUACCUAACUACAUGUUUGUCGAAUUGCCAGAACAUUCAAUUCCUGGGAUUUGUUUGCUAUUAGUUGUGAUGAGGUCACCAGAUCUCAAGUAAGCAAAUCACUUCUACGUAUUGCAAGUAAAGUUCAUAUGGAGUAUUAUAAUACAAGAGGUAGGAAGAGAAUGGCACUGGAUAGCAGAAGCAAAAAAUUCCAUAUUUUUGAGGGACAAACCAUCUCAUUCGCACAACUCCAACAUGAAAGCCAACAGGUUCAUGAUGAGCUGGAAGAAUGGAGGAGCAAGUGUACCAAUCUGGAAACAGAUAUGCAAAAAUUAUAUGGUGAGAUGGAAACUGCUAUAAAUGAAAAAAAAACAAAGAGAUUUCACAUCUGCAUUCAAAAAAUGAGAAACUUUUAAGUUACAUUGAAAUACUUGAAAAAUCCCAGGAUUUGCAGCACAAAGGAAAAGACAUUUCUGAGGUCAUAAAAAAAUCAAGAACACUGAAAAAAUAUUUGUCUUGAGCCAACGUUGCAUUGUGGUUUUCAAGAUCAUUUGGCCUCCAAGUUGAGAGUUUAAUUGUAAGCGAAGUUAAAUCUGGUGUGAAGCAUAAUUUGACACUUCCAAACAAAACUACUGACCAAGCAAGUGACAAAGGUUUUGAUGCACUCUCGGAUGAUGAUAAAUCCAAGGUUGAAAAGGUCCUUUUUCUGCUUGACAGAUUUUGUGUUGGUGAUCAUUUUUACCAUGAGUUGUCAAUGGUUAUAAAUGGAUUGCCAAAAUCUUAUCUAGUCAAGCAGAGAAGAGACCAAUUGAACAAGACCAAUAAUUGA